AUGUCCGCACCUACUAUCACUAGAAUCAGUCCUACUUCCGGCCCUACUACGGGUGGCACGACGGUAAUUAUUUUUGGCACAAACCUUGCUAGUCCCUCAGCAGUUACGUUUGGUGGCACUCCUGCCACCAUUAACUCGAGCAGCGCGACAUCGAUCUCUGUCACAAACCCAGCAAAUUCUGCUGGUGCAGCACGGGUUCUUGUAACCACGUCAGGUGGUACCACUACUCAACCAGUGAACUUCACUUAUAGCGCUAUCACCGCCCCUGUUAUUGCUUCUAUUUCUCCAGCAAGCGGGCCAGCAUCUGGUGGGAACACGGUUACAAUCAGCGGCACAAAUCUCCUCUAUACUACUAAUGUCACCUUCGAUUCUACUCCUGCCAGCAGCUUCGCUGUCCUUUCCGCUACUCAAGUUGCUGCGGUCACACCAGCAGGUACGGCAGGAGCUACAACGGUCAGUGUGACCAAUGCAGCUGGUACUAGUGGCACUCUAGCAUACACCUACAAUGGGAUAGCCGCUCCUAUCAUCACCAGCGUGAGCCCUGAUAACGGCCCUGCUGCUGGCGGAAAUACUGCUGUCAUCAGCGGCACUGGUUUCAUAAACGUCACAGCCGUGGCGUUUGGCUCAACUGCGGCCAGCUCAUUCACCGUGGUCUCUAGUACGGUGAUAAAUGCGGUUGUUCCCCCAGGUAGCGGUGCAGUCUCUGUUAAUGUCACCGGACCCGGCGGUACCAGUACCGGUGGUCCUACAUAUACUUAUACAGCCGCUCCAACUCCUACUAUCACCGGGCUUACCCCAGCAGCGUCUGGCCCGGUAUCGGGUGGGAAUACUGUCACCAUCAGGGGCUCGAAUCUCAAUGGUGCUACAGCAGUUACGUUCGCUGGUAAUGCAGCCAGUUCUUUCAGUAUUCUAUCGCCCACUACAAUAAACGCCAUUACUCCCCCAGGUACUGCUGGGACCGCCUCGGUAGUGGUUACAACGCCUGCUGGUGCUAGCCCGGGAUUCAAUUAUACUUAUAUCGGCGCACCCGCGCCUACAGCAGUGUUUCCUACUACAGGAGUUAUGGCUGGGGGCGAUAGCGUCACCAUCACCGGUACUGAUCUCACAGGUACUACGAGUGUGAAUUUCGGAACUACUCCCGCGACUAGCUUUUCAGUUGUUGAUGAUGGUGAUGUAACUGCUGUCUUACCCGCACACGUUGCUGGCACGGUCCCAAUCAACCUUACCACGCCAGGCGGCACGGAUAGCUCGCUUACCUUCAGCUUCCAGCCUGCACCGGUUAUUGGUUCCAUCACUCCAACUUCUGGGCCGACUACGGGUGGCACCGCGGUUACCAUCACUGGGGCAGGAUUGAUUGAUACCCUUGACGUGUACUUUGGGGCAACUGCAGCAACAUCCUUUACAGUCAACUCUGAUAACGCGGUAACCGCAACCUCUCCAACUGGAGCAGGGGCUAGCGCUGUGACAGUUGACACUACUGCUGCUACCAGCAACGGCGCCACGUUCAUAUAUACUGUUGCACCGACACUUAUUGGCUUAUCUCCUACUGGGGGACCGAUUGCUGGCGGCAAUAAUGUGACUCUUUCUGGAGCAGGUUUCAUAACAGCCACUGAUGUUUUUUUUGGAGCUAACCCAGCUGUGUUCAGUAUUAUCGAUGACACGUUGAUUAGUGCAGUUGCACCUUCUGGCACUGGAGCUGUUUCAGUAACUGUUGUGAACCGUGGAGGCACUAGUGCCGCUCAGACUUACACUUACUCUUAA